UUUGCAGACCGCCAUAAUACCAUAGAAGAAGACGGAACGUAAAACUACUCAACAUGGAGACAGCAGUUGAUAAACUGGAGGCGAUGUUCCAGAAGGCAGAGGCUGACAUGGAGUACAUGGAGAAGCGGCUACGGCUGGAUUUCCUGACUAAUGUUCCAGAGAACAGUGCAGCAGAGGAAAACCCUGUGAAGCUGCUGGAGAACCUGUCAGCCAUCAAGACGAGGCAUGCGGCCCUGUGCACACAAGUGCAGGAGAUCGCAGCCGAGCAGAAGCAAUCAAUGGACUCCAUACGAGUGCACCUUGACACCACUGUGCAGCUGGUGCAACAGUUACAGCAGACUGCUGACGUUGAGCUUCCAACACUGACUGAGACGGAGCAGGAGUCUGCAGAGUUCCUUGGUUUAUCAGUCAAUCAAAACACAGCAGAGGUACCGAUGUCUAUGGAGCUUCAAGCCCAAGAGCUGCCUCGGUCCUCGAGGGAGGGCGAGUUUGAGGAGCUGAGUGAAGCCACACUGGAGGCAGUGCCGUGCAGCAUGCGUGCCAACGUCAAGCUGGUCAACCUCAAUGCCUUCUACAAGCAGCUGCACGAGUACUUCUCCUUCAGAAAAAACAGUGGUUCCCUCAGUUUGCAGAAGAUGAAGCAGAUGAACAUGAAGGUUAGCGACGCCAAGCUGAAGACGUUGCAGCACCUCUCUCUCAUUGAACUAGACAAGAAAGGGCAUGUUCGUCUGCUAAUGUGAGACUGAGGAACCUGCAUAGCCGAGAGGCUAAAAUAUAAGACCCCACCGCACUAUGUGAUGAAAAGUGACUGAUUCUGCCCAUCUCUCCUUGUCCAUUUGCUAGGCAUAUUAGCCUAAUUGAAGGGUUUUCAGUUGAAUCCUCAUGCCUACAUAUGCUGUGGUUUGAUUUUAAUUUGCUAGAUAUUUUUCUUAAAUGACACCCCAGAAUCUUCUUUCAAAAGGAAUUGACAUCAGAAGCAAGAACUCCAGAUGGGAUCAAGUCAUCACAUGUUUCUAGGGUGCUGUAAGUAGAAGGCUGUUGGGCCAUAUUGUAAAUUAAGGUGCACUAUUUUUGUAAAGAGUUUAAUGUUGGAUAAGUAUGUAGUGUUUUCUGGCUAAUGUAUCAGCCAAAUACAUUUCACCUGUAAAUAUGUGAUGAACGAUUUAAUGCCACUGACUUUCCAACUGUACUGUACGUCUUGUGUCGAGUGUCAAUUAAUUUUAUGAGCAUUCAUUAAAUUGAAAUAUUCCCUAUGCCCAGGUAUACACCCAAUCAAAAAUAAAUUUAACAAGGCGUGCAAACACGUAUUAGCAUCUCAA